GUAAAAUAUAAACAGAUUUCUUGUGUGAAAAAAUUAACUCGUUAAUCAGUUUUUUAAAAAUAAUAAGCACCACAAUUCAAACAUUAGACAAACGAUCUGGUAAUUUCCUUCAAGCGGAAUCAAUGUCACCUUUCUUUAUUUGUUUUAAAAUUCAUUGCAAAAAAUAAUUGUUUAUCAGGAAUGAAAUUCAAUCCAUUUUUUAUAUCAUUAAUUUAAUAUGUGCAGUCAUAUUUAAAUUUUACACCUUUUCACGUUUUUCAAUAUGACUACAUUUGGAUGGAAGCGGAAAUCUGGGGAAAACAUUUUAAAAGAUACUUCUUUACAAUUCUCUGCAGAUUCUGAAACAGAAAAUGUCACUGCAAAUGAUACUUGGUUAAAACGAUACAAGCGUCGAAAAAAGGACGAUGAAGAAAAUAGAAAAAUUAAAAGUGAAGAAUUCAAAGCUGAAGGUGUAAAACUGGCACAACUUAAUAGAUUUGAUGAAGCAGUUGCAGAAUGGGAUAAAGCUUUAAACCUGAUGCCUAGAGAUGAAAAGACUUUAGAAAUGAAAGCACAGGCUCUUCUGCAACUGAAUACUCCUUUUCCAGCUGUGCAGGCAGCUGAAAGGGCUGUGAAAGUUAAUCCCACUUGGUGGGUUGCAUAUCAGACAUUAGGAAGAUCUCAAUUAGGAAUUGGAGAUUUAAAAAUGGCAAAAAUAAGCUUUUCAAAAGCUAUUCAUCUGAAUCCUAUUGAAAAGGAAUUGUGGGAAGAAGAUUUAAAAUGGACUCUUAGUCUGAUUGAAGAAAAGGCAAAGCUGGAUGCCGAAGUUGCUACACAAGUAGAAAAAGAAGUGAAGUUAGAACCGAUUCUCUCUUAACUAUAUGUAUGACUUGAAUUUUUGUAACACAGUAAUUUUAAAAUUUUAUAUUUCUAUAGUUAAAAGAUUUGAAGACUUAAAAUGAUAAAUAUUUUUUAAGAGCCAAAAAAUUUUAAUCACCAUUUUUCAUGUUAAAGUGUCAAAUAAGCUUCAUUUUAUAAUGUGGUAAGUGUGGAAAGUGGUUAUUAAUUCUCUAAGUUGCUCAGAAGAAUGUAUAAAAACAUCAUUAGUGUGAAUUCCUCCCUCCCUAUUGAUCGAUCUCCCCUCUCACUCGCAAAUUCCCAACAUCUUCACAUUUGUCACUUGCAUAUUUUAUCAUUUUUUUUUUUAUUUCUUGAAGGCAGAAUAGUUUCUUCUAUUCAUUUGGUUGAACUGUAUAUAUCUAUCAUAUAUUUAUUCCCAUUCAGUUAACUGUGACCUUGUACUAUGAAUGUUCCUCUAUUUCAUUAAAUCAGAAUUUAUAUUAAAGCUAAUUCUAUAGGAUUAGCUUUAAUAUAAAUCAACAUAAUUUAUACAUAAUUUUACCAUUUUUAUUUUGUUUUGUGCAUGUGU